AACUUCAUUAUCUUUGGCGAGAUGGGCGUCGGCAAGAGCUCGUUGGUAAAUCUCAUUGCUGGGGACCAACUUGCCGAGUCCUCGUCCGGCGCUCAAUCAUGCACACUCGAAUCAACCGAGUAUCCGGUCACAUUUUCGGAUUCCCAGCUUAAUGUAAAUCUAUUUGAUACAGUAACGUGUGGGUAUUCUAAUCCAAAACAAUCUAGGUGGGCUUGGAACAGCCCCACUAUGAAUAACGCGGGGUAUUUGGAUGCCCUGGUGAAGGCACAUGAGCUCAUCGUCUCGCUCAAGAACCGAGGAGGUGUACAUGGCCUACUUUUCUGCAUGAAGGCUGGCAGAGUGUCGAACACUAUGCAGCAGAACUACAGAUUAUUCUACGAGUUCCUAUGUCAGGAACAAGUGCCCCUCGCUCUGGUCAUCACCAAUCUUGAGAAUGAGGAGAAUAUGGACGACUGGUGGACGAAGAACAGGGCACAUAUCGAAAAUUCGGGCAUUGUCCCCGUCACGCAUGUCUGCAUCACAACCAUUAAGGGCUUCCAAAACGCAUACCAAGCCAGAUACCUCGAAUCCCGGAAGAAGGUGCUAAAUAUGCUUAAGGAACUUGGAGAUCGUGAUCCAUGUUCGGUGGACGUGAGCAGUUGGUUUGCGCGGAUGUGCAAGAAGCUGCGGGAGUUUUUGGUUCCGACGAAGGGGUUGGGGAGGAGUCGUCAAAAGAUGUUACAGAUGCUCACGAAGCGUUGCAAGCUGCGCAAGGAGGAUGCGGUGCAUCUUCUUCAAAGGAUUGACGCGGAUGAUGUAGGGGCUUGAUUAAAUUUAACAAACGUCAUGCUCAUAUAUUAAUAUCCUGAAGGCCUGAUAGGCUAUCGAGUAUUUAGUACUAGUACUUCAUCCAAGCAUACCAGCAUUUCUUAUUCAUACAAUACAAUACUACCGUCUGGUGAUUGAUCCGAGUGUUAUCGGAUCACUCUGCUCG